AUGUCGGCUUCUUUUUUUCUGUUUCAGGUGAUUGGAGCCCUCGUCCUCGCGGUCGGGAUUUAUGCAGAAGUUGAAAGACAGAAGUACAAAACUCUAGAAAGUGCCUUUUUAGCCCCAGCAAUUAUUUUAAUACUUCUGGGCAUUGUAAUGUUCCUCGUAUCUUUUGUGGGUGUGCUGGCUUCUCUAAGAGACAAUUUAUGCCUUCUUCAAGCAUUCAUGUACAUUCUUGGUAUCUGCUUGCUGAUUGAGCUGACUGGUGGAGUGGUGGCCCUGAUCUUCAGAAACCAGACAAUCAACUUUUUGAACGAUAAUAUAAGACGAGGAAUUGAGAAUUACUACGACGAUUUAGACUUCAAGAACAUCAUGGAUUCUGUUCAAAAGCAGUUUAAGUGCUGUGGUGGGGAAGAUUACAGGGAUUGGUCACAAAACGUGUACCACAACUGCGGGGCGCCGGGACCGCUGGCCUGCGGGGUGCCCUACACUUGCUGCGUCACAAAUAAGGGUUUGCUGCUCCAGCUUUGCCAGGAAGCCUGGGCCCCGUUUACAUCCGUGGGUGGGGGUUGGAACGAUGUGCACCAGCUGCUGCAUGAAUUAAAAACCAAACAGAACGACCCCGUCAUCCAGAAAAAGCCAGAAAU